CAAAUAUGAAUCAAUCUACUUAUAUUUUGAAGGGACAUAUUCGUUACCGGACUAGUAUAUGUGCCAUAUAAAUAAGUCAUACUUGAGCCAUGAUUACUUCAUACACGUCUCAAAUGAUUUGAUUGAAUCAUUCAUGUUAUCAUCGUCGAAUUGCAAUGCAUUUACCAAAAUCAUUCCGUGAGGCCCUAUAUAGCCUCAAUCUUUGAUCUUGUCUAAUUUCUUCUUGUAUCUGACAUUUCAUACCUGUCUUCCUCUAGGUUUUCGAUACGAUGACCGAUACCCGCAAUCUCCUGUAAAGUCUUUUACACGGAGUAAGAAAAUUGUGUCUGAGAGACGUCGGUUGGUUGGGUUGUUGACUUUGUGGACUCUAUUGCAUUGUCAUUUGGGUUUGAAUACUAGACCUCUAGCUCUUCUCUUGUGAGUUUAGGACGGCACUAGUUUUAAGUUCCUGGACAUUUCAAGGAAACUCCAUAAUCGUUGAUUUCAGAGUCCACCAAGUCAACGUCAAUCAAUUCACAUUCUGUAGUCUCGCGUCUAACCAUGCUAUUAAAUUCAACACAAUCUCUCUCCAUGCAUUGUCUAAAAACCCACUUUUUCACAGGUCCAUUCUGAUCGAAGAACGCAAAAACCAUGUCUUCCGGAGAAUCCAAUUUGGCCACGGCCAAGACAGUUAUCUCCACCAUAGGCUCCAUAGCCGCAGCGGCGAUGGUGGUCCGUUCAAUAGCCCAAACCUACGUCCCUCCGGAACUCCAAGACUAUCUCUCUUUGGGCCUCAGAAAUUUCUUUAACAAAUUCUCAACCCAAGUAACAAUGGUGAUCGACGAGGUCAAUGGCCUAGGCUGCAACGAAAUCUACGACGCAGCCGAGGUCUACUUAGGCCCCAAGAUCAACCAAGACACUCGUCGCCUCAAAAUCAGCAAAUCAGACAACGAAAAGAACAUUAACAUAACCAUGGAACGCAACGAACAAGUCACAGAUAUCUACCAAGGAGCUAAAUUCACUUGGGUUUGGGUUUGUAGACAAGUCGAGUCAAGAAACUCAUACGACAUGAACUCGACUAUAGGACAUGAAGUUCGAUCUUUUGAGCUCACGUUUCACAAAAAGCACAAAGAUUUCGUUAUCAACUCUUACUUGCCCUAUGUCAUGAAAGAAGCAAAGUUGAAGAAACAAGAGAACAAGACGCUAAAGAUCUUUACAGCCGAUUAUGCGGCUAUAUACGAUUGGUACUCGAAUUCAUGGAAAUCGGUGAGUUUGGACCACCCGGCAACUUUUGAGACAUUAGCAAUGGAUUGGAAGGUGAAAGAGAUGGUGUUGAAGGAUCUUGAAAGGUUUGUGAAGAGGAAAGAGUAUUAUAGGAAGGUUGGUAAGGCUUGGAAGAGAGGGUACUUGUUGUAUGGUCCUCCCGGGACUGGGAAAUCGAGCUUGAUCGCGGCCAUGGCGAAUUACUUGAAUUUUGAUAUAUAUGACUUGGAAUUGACCGAGUUGAGGCGUAAUUCGGAUUUAAGGAAGUUGCUCCUUGGGACAGCGAGUCGGUCGAUAUUGGUGGUUGAAGACAUUGACUGCACCAUUGACUUGCAAGAUAGAUCGGGUCGGAAGACGGAUUCGGAACUGUAUGGUCAGGAAGAAAGCAAGGUGACACUCUCCGGUUUUCUCAAUUUUAUUGAUGGCCUAUGGUCAAGUUGUGGCGAUGAGCGAAUCAUAAUUUUUACAACAAAUCACAAAGACAAGCUUGACCCUGCGUUGUUGCGGCCGGGACGAAUGGAUGUGCACAUCCACAUGUCUUAUUGCACCCCAUGCGGAUUCAAGCUUCUUGCUUCGAAUUAUCUCGGUAUCCAACAGCAUGAGCUUUUCGGAGGGAUUGAGGAAUUGAUUCGAACUGUAGAGGCGACUCCGGCGGAAGUAGCCGAGCAGCUAUUGAAGUAUGACGAGCCCGGUGCUGCUCUCAGUGGUCUGAUUGGUUUCCUCCAUGUGAAAGAGAAUGAAAAUAAUGAAGCCAAGGCCAAGAAAAUAAAGCAAGAAUCAAUCGAGAAGGAGGUGAGUGAACCAGGAAAAGAGAGUGAAAAUGAAGAGAAAGAAGGCACAUCCUAAGAAAAUUAACAGCCUUACCUGCUGAGAAAUUGAAAUAAAGGAGACACCAAUCCUUUUCAUCUCCCAGAUUUCGUUAUAGAUGAGAAUAUUUCGAAGUAAUAGUACGUAAUGUUUUGGUAUAUUUGUGUUUCUACGUUGUUUGUGUAUUAACGUCUAUGUUUAUUUUUGAGUGUGUUAGU